AUGCAUCGCCGCCUGACAACUUGCUGCACUGCGAACGGCGUACGCGGGGCCUGGAGGAAUGCCGUCCGCAAGUGCACCUCUCAAUCGGCGGAGGGUGCUGCAGGCUCCCAGGCUGGCGAGAAGGCGGCUGGUAAGUUCAAACCCGCCUCUACGUCAACUGGGCCCCAACGAAAGGAUUGGCGCACGCACAAGGAGGUUGUCUAUGUUAAGGGAGUUCCAAUGAAGGGGAGUCUCUUUAAGCUUCCAUUGAAGGAGCAAGUCCUCAUCUGCAUCAUCUUUUCUAUCACAGGGAGUGCGGCAGUAAUGUUUGUGCGGCCUCUUAUUCGCACUCUUGUAAAGGACGGAUUUCUGGGACUCCCAGAAGAUAGUGGAUGGGUAAACGGCCCGUGGCUCUAUCGUUUUAUAUACCUCGCCAUCAUGUACCCUGCCUACUCUGUGAUGCUCUUUAUUAUUGGCUCCAUUUUCGGCCGACGCGUGUGGUUCUCCUUCAUGAUUCACAAAAUGUGGUCGCGUUGCAUGACACAGAAGGCGGCAAAAAGGCUUGAAUACGUCUUGGACCUGCAACAUUAUUGA